CGGCUGUCAUCUCGCCGGAAGUUCCGGGCUCGUUGCAUACUCGUCGCAUACUCGUUGCAAGAUCAUGUUGGUCAGGGAGAGAGGCGAAGUCGCUCGAUGACCAGGCGCAUGUAACGAACGAGCUGCCGUGUCGGACGAUGCAGUGAUACACAAAAGUCAUGAGUCGAUCGCUUGCGGCCGACUUGAACCCCAACUUGGCUGCCAGCGCAGUGGCAGAAGCGGAGUUCAAGUUCCAAUGGGGACGCGUGCGGCGCGACCACGCGCUUUGGCUGCAACCAAGUAAACAUUUCCCAAAGUGGUCUACAACAUACAUUCUUCGUGAACACACCACACCAACAUAAAUGCAUUCACAAGCUCUGUCGAGCUGACAGCCGGCGCGUCUGCGCCUUCUACAUAAUCACCAAUGUCUCAAGCGAACCCUCCAUUUCCCGGCCGAAAUGUGUACGCCUCGUCGAGUAAACUUCCCGAUCGCACAGGACUGAAAUCAGGACCACAGUCGACCUUCGGCCGGCGCCCGGAACAGGCGUUUCAGUUUGGACAGUCCACUGCGACCCAACAACAGCAUGGCGCACUGGGAGGCAGGCAGAGCAUGGAAAAGGAAUCGAAUAAUGCGCUGAGCGAGCUCAGCGAGGAACAAAGGGAUGAGAUCAAUGAAGCCUUUUCCCUGUUCGAUCUCGAUCGAGAUCGCCAUCUAGACUACCACGAGCUGCGUGUCGCCAUGCGAUCCUUGGGGUUCUCCCUCCCCAAAGCUGAGGUAGCGCAGAUAAUGCAGACACACGGUGUUCCGAAACCUCAAUUCAAACGUGGUCCACCAGGCCGAGGACAGCAGACUUAUCAUUCAAGCCAACUACUCUUGCCUCAGAUCGCGUUCCAACGCGUGGCAGCACAGAAAGUAUUCGAGCGCGAUCCGACAGACGAAGUGGAGCGCGCCCUCCUGCUGUUUGACCCAGACCAAAGGGGUUACAUAGAAGCAGAGGACAUUCGGAGGGUCUCUCGCGAGCUCGGAGAGACCGGGCUCGAAGACGAUGAGAUACAAGCCAUGGUCGAAGAGUUCGAUUAUGAUGGCACCGGGACCGUCGCCAAAGAAGCUUUUUAUGCUAUCUGUUUACAAUAACCCGCCCGGAGGGAUUCAAACACCGCCUGAUGAGAUGAUGAUUUGCAGCUAUGCAGCCAGCACAAUUGGAAAUAUGCUGGACAACUGGUCUAUUAAUGAUGUUGAUCUUCUGAGUGGAUGGCUCUCUGUGUUGGACAACAGGACACGGGUCGCAAAAACAGGCUCGCUAUUACCAUGGCAGCUGGACGGGUCCUUCUUUUGCGGUCUCUUUGCCCAUCACGACGUCCCAGUUGCCAAUGUCCCGGGUCCCUCUAGGAGCCCAAUAUGUGCCAGUUUUGUCCAGUGUAAGUUCGUUUUCGACCCAGUCAGCCAGUAUUCGGGCAGCAUCCGCCGGAUCGAGCGCACCCCCGGCAUCCCAGAACUGGUCGAAUCCAACUCCCUUGGUCAUUUCAGUCCUCAUGAAACUAUAACAGUCAGCGAUGUCAGAUGUCAAAAAUCCUGUAUGUCUCACUGUGGGACCUGCAUACCUAGGAUGGACUGAGACGACCGUAAUGCCUCGGUCUUUGAGGUCAAACGACAACUGUUUGGUCACCAUGUUCAAAGCAGCUUUGGAGCCAUGGUGCCCAUAGUUACCGCCACCCUCCUGCUCAUGUCUCAAGGUGAUCGACCCGGACUCGGACGACACGAGCACGACUUUGCUCCCGUGCGCCAAGACGGAAGCCUUGACUAAUUCUUGCACCACAAAGACCGGCGCAAUUGAGGAGAGUGUGUACAUUUUGACCUGCUCGUUCCAUUUGGCCUCACCAAAGUCCUCAGUCACGAAAUAACCAGCGGUAAUGAUAACGGUGUCAACUCGUUUGCCUUUGAGAGCUGCCGCCAGGUCAUGUCCGCAACUGGAUUUGGAAAGGUCGAUAUUGGUGAUCCAAGAGACAUUCUCACCCUGUAGGUCAGAUGGAGCAUUCGAGGACCGUGAGGUGGCGUACACCGUGUAUGAAAGGUGGUUGGCAUAGUACGAGACCAAGGCCUUACCAAGGCCACGAGUGGCUCCUACAAUCAGGACGGAGGGCAUCGUGUAAGCCGGCGGAGCAGAGAAGACUAUUGUAUGGGCAAAGAGAGAUACAGAAGGGGACUCUCAGGAAGUCGCCAUUUAAGAAUUGAUGAGUUGGAUUACGCAGGAUCACGCCAUACUGCCUACUUGUGUAGCAUUCUGUAUAAAUGUGCUAAAUGAGUCUUACUGCUCUG